UACUUUAAAAGCAUUCUUAUUAUUUUUUAAAUCGUGUCCACUAUUACCGCACAAUUUNAAGCUUGUUCAUGUUAGUGUGCCCCUUCAAGCGUAUGUUUUUUCUAACCUCUGUCUGUUGUGGCAUGAGUUUGAGUCAGGUUGCUCACAAAAAACAAAUNAGUUACUAAAAUGAGCGGCAUCUCAAAAAUAAAGAGAAAAAUAUACAGUAAAGAGGCUAUGUUGAAAGCUUUGGAAGCUGUAAAGUCUGGAACAUUUAUUAAUGCAGCCAGCAGACUUUAUAAUAUUCCUCGGUCGUCAAUUCAUAGUAAAGUCAUCAAUAAAUACAGCAGAGAUAAGCCUGGUCCAAGUAGUGUGUUGAGUGACUUAGAAGAAAGUGAUUUAGUGAAAUGGAUUUUGUUUAUGUCUUCUCGUGGCUGUCCAGUGACAAAGGACCAUUUAAUAAAUAGUGUGGCAAUGAUCGUAAAAAAACUGAAUAAGCCGAAUCCAUUUGUAGACGAUCGUCCAGGACGGUAUUGGUAUGCUGCUUUUUUAAAAAGACAUCCCGAAUUAUCGAAGAGAAUGUGUAAAAAUGUUACGCUCUCUCGAGCGUUAGUUUCAGAAACUUCUGUGAGAAAAUGGUUUCAAAAUAUAGAUGACUAUUUAAAAAAAGAACAGUUACAAAAUAUUGAUCUCUCAAGAAUAUUCAAUACGGACGAAACAGCUUUAAUGCUGAAUCCUAAAGAAAGUGCUGUUUUGGCAGAAAAAAGAUCUAAAAAUAUUUACAACAUUGUAAAUAAUAAUGAAAAACAAAAUGUAACCGUGCUUGUUACUGCUAAUGCAGCUGGGCAAUUAGCACCAACCAUGGUUGUGUUUGCAUAUAAACGUGUGCCUUCUUCCAUUUACGUUACAAUGCCAGAAGAAUUUUGUGCUGGACAUUCUGAUAAAGGUUGGAUGACGGCGACACUGUUUUUUGAGUAUAUUGCUAAUAAGUUUCAUCCUUGGCUCAUAAAAAGUGGCAUUACACUGCCAGUUAUUCUUUAUUUGGAUGGAUACGUAUCUCAUUUGACACAACCGUUGAGUGAAUUUUGUCACUUGCAUCAAAUAAUUUUGAUUGCCUUACCACCAAAUACCACACACUUCUUGCAGCCCAUGGAUGUUAGCUUUUUUUCCAAAAACUUACAAUCAACUGAAAAUAGUCAAUUAAAAAAUUUUAUAUUUUGGCUAAAAGAAAAUAUUAAUCCAAAACAAAAGAAAUACCAAACAAAAAAAAACAAAUUACCAUCGGUAUUAUCUUCCUGUGAAGAAUUACAAUAGUAUAAAGAACAAGAAGAAAGAAAACAAAUAAUAGAAGACAAAAAAGAAAUG